AUUUCAAUUCGCCAUUUUAGAUUUCACAUCGUUCCACUAUGGAGAUUCUAAAUUUGAUAAAAUUUGCGGAUAUUUGUAAAUGGACUAACUCUUAAUUCAUAUUAUAUUAAGUGAAUUUGACACUUUUAUUAGAGUAGAGGGACAGAUGAAAAUUGUUUACGAUUUUCUGUGAUUUAAGGAAGUAAACUCAUUAUUUUGAGGGGGUUUUUUUUAGAAAAUAGCUAAUGAACGAGAUAAAUUAGACAGAAGACCAGAAACAGUAUCUAGUAAUAACGAUGUAGAACAUCGACUUAAACUUCAACAUGCAGUACUCAGACGUCAGGAACUAUUGGAUAGAAUUAGACAAGAACAAUUAAACAGACCUAGAACAGAAAGUCCUCGUAGAAGAUUUACACCUUCACCUAUAUUACUCCCCCCUCCUUCACGAAGAUCUUUACCUGAUCUGAGUAGGAGUAUUGUUAUUAAAGAUAAUCGCGGGACGAACAAUAUGUCCCAAGUGAGACAUGUAAUAGAACACAGAGGCCACGAUUCCUUCAGACCCUACCACUUACCACCAAUUCAACAACCUUAUAUUGGAGCACCGCCUAUAGCAGCAGCACCCCCUGCAAUCAUGGCACCACCACCACAACAGGUUUUUCAACAGCCAGCUCCUCAAAUGAUACAACAACCCGCACAACAGAUUAUACAAGCACCACCAGCGCCACAGUUUUUACAAGCACCACCGCCACAUAUAAUACAAGCACCACCUGUAGUACAAUCAAUGCCCGCGGUUCACACAUCACCUAUAAUAAAUCAUGUGGAACCUAUACACAACCAUGGACAAAAAAAUACUUGGUUUAAUAAAGGAGAUUUUAUGGAUAUGAUGAUGAUGCAGAAUGCACAGAUGCACCAUAUGGCUAUGCAACAAUUAAUGAUAAAUAGUUUAGGCGGCGGUAGACCAGCUGGUAUGGGCGGCGGUGAACGCCAAUCGGUACAACAUCAUCACUAUCCCCAAUCAGCCCCUGCGGCUCCACAGAUGUAUCAUCAUCAAUUGCCACAGAUGGGUUAUGGAAUGGACAUGGGUGGAGGUUAUGGACGAGGUGGAUGGAGAAGAAGAUGGCGUACAGGUAGAAAUACAGCACCCGUAGCAGUUCGAACAGAAGAUUCAAAAUCACUAAAUCGACCUAGCAGUGUAUUUUUAUUUGGCAUUGUAUUAAAAGAAAUAGUAGCAGCUUUACAUAGAAUAUAUCUUAAUCCUAGUGGUAAUAUAUAUCCUAUAUUUAAUGAUUUAAUUGGUCCAAAUGCCUAUAACUUAUCAUUGUUGGUGAAUGAUAGAAGGGGAAGGAUUGGUUUAGCUCAGCGAGACCAGGCCGCCAUGUUACAAGUACUACAAUAUGUCAUGGAAAAUUUUACAUAUCAUAUGACCGAAAUAAUGCCUGCUACGGGUGUAUUAGGAACACACCGGAAAGCUGCUGUGUUUGAAAUGAUAAAAAACAACAAAAGAUUUCCGGAUGGUUAUUUCUGGCAGAUAGAAUUGGAUCAGCUACAGUUUAACGAGGCUGGUCGAUCUUACAACUUGGGAAAUGAUGAAGCAUUCUUGUUACUAGUCGGCAUUUUUAUAUCUAGAAGUUUAAUAACGACAUUAUUAUUAAAACCUAUAGAUUAUGGAUUAUCAACCAGUUCAUUACCAGAUAAUGCCGAAUUAAACCUAAAGGUUUUUGCUACUAUUAUGUUAUUUUUGGUAAGAAGAUCGUCAGUCCCACGAGGAAGACCAAUGAUGCCUAUGCCAGGAGAAAUAGCGAGAUAUGUUUACUCUGAUGCUGAAUUUAGAACAGUUCAUGUAAGGUUAAGAAGAUCAUAUGAGUAUUGUGAGAAUCUGUUAAGAGAUUGGGGACAAGAAUAUGUGAAGAGAUUGAGAAACGCCAUUUCUGCCAACCCAACCAAGGCACCGAAUAAUCCUAUUAAGAGAAAUUAAGACAAACUCGAGUCUUUUUAUUGGUGGGGGGGGGGGGUGUUUUGGGUUGUUUUUUUAGUUGUUUUUUUUAAAACAAACUUUAAGUAUAUUUCCAUUUAAAUAUAAUACUUUGUCUGCAAUCGCAGAAUUUGUCGUACAUCAGAGUGGAAAGCAGUGCCGGACUGGGCCCACCUGUCCACCUGUCCGUGAGCCUAAGCUCAUUUUAAAAAAAGUGGGCCUAAGCAUAUAAAGAAAAAAGAAAAAAGAGAAUGAAAAAAGAAAAAAAGAAAAAAAAGAAGAGAGAAAGAAAGGAGAGGGGGAGGAAAGAAAAGAAAGAAAGAAAAGAAAGAAGGAAGGAGAGGACAGGAGACAGGACAGGAGAAAGAGAAGAUAGGAAAAAAUGAAAAACAACACCAAAAAAGAAGUGUACUAGAAUUCUCAAAUUCAUCUAAUAAUAGUGCUCUUAGGUCAUUCUGUUAUCUAAUUGUAUCAGGAAAUCAAACAUUUGCCUUCUACUGCUUUGGUCUGAAAUGCUUGGAAAAUGGGUUUGCGGUUGUCAAUUUUUAAAAUUUUCCUGAGGGGAGAGCCCCAAAGACCCCCCUCGGACCGCGCUCGUGACACGCCUUCGUCGGGUACUUGUGUGGGCCUUGGUAAAUGACCUGACAGGUGGGCCUUCGACCCCCCAGUCCGGCACUGGUGGAAAGUGUGCCAGAAAAGCAUAAGAUGUAUAUAAUAACUAAGGAUAUAUUCUUUCGAGGUUAAUUAGGUCAUCUUUGACAAGGUAAAAUCUUACACUGAACUGUUAUAUUCUUUAUGAAGAAGGAAAUAUAAGUAUAGGUUAAAAUGAUUUUAAUAUUAAAAUACGCUUACAACAAAUAAAAUAGCAGUAUAUCUUGGUCGGAGUUUAGAGUUGGUGAUAUCGGACAUGAAUAGAUAAUAGCAUAAUACAUAUUUAUUCAGGCAUUUAUUAAACAAUAAAUAAUAAAUGCCCGAAGAGCCGCCAUCUUUAAUUUCAAUUAUAUAUUACCAAAGAGCAGGUGACAUGUUGCCCUUAAUAGUGAGGCUUAUACGCGCUAAAAUUUGCAUAGGUUUCCGGUUAGACUCAUUUAAUAAGAAAAGCAGGUUAGCAAUUUCAAAAAGUUUCGACUUUACUUUCACUGAAUUUUACCCGCUGGACCGAUUGAAGGGAUUUUUAUACGCCUGGACGUCAGGGCGUCCGUUCGCAUUUGUUUGUGGACAGUCUAGAGGUCACGCAUGUUAUCCGUUUUCAUGAAACUUAUAAAGUAUGUUUAUUUCCAAAUGAUCUCGGGUGGGUUUGACGCAUCGGAUCGCAACUUCUUGGGUUAUAGCCUCCUUUCUUGUGAAAUAAGUGCAAUGUUUUUGGUCCGAUGCAGAUGAAACAUAAGUUAUAUAUGUUAAGGGUCCAAAGAUCUUGGAGGACUUCUUUGGUUAUGACCCUUGCCUUUUACGUGAAAUGUGAAUUAUGUAUAAAGUUUGUGGAUCCUCUAGAGCCCUUAAUUUUUAUCCGAUUUUGACGAAACCUAAAAUAUAUAUUAAAAUAAUGCUGUCAAGGUAUGAUACGGGACUUGAUAAAUUGACAUUUUGAAGAUACACGUACAUUAUUCCUGAACAUCGGCUUCUCUAUUGUUUCGAAAUGAUUAAUCAGAGCAAAAGCUAUAUAGGCCUAUAAAUAUAACAAAUAUUAACUGUUUGGGAAUACGACAUAACCGGUUUAUUUUUACACGAUAUAGAAGACCUUCAGAACAGUAGCAUGUUCUCUUUUUGGAUUGAUAUACUCAAACGUCAAAUGGGUAUCAAAUCGAACAUUUAAGUUGUUACCGUGUUAAUAUCGAUCGAUAUUUAGUUAUCGAGAAUCCUGAGAUUAGUCUGAAAGUAAACCUGUUAUAGCUAAUAACAUCAAGUACAAAACAUUUUAACAGCUUUACUUUUAGACUAAUCUCAGGAUUCUCGAUCGAUAUUAUAGGCUUCAGCGUCUCCGUUAAAUGUAGUUUCAUCUGAUUUUAAGGUGUAGACCAUUUCUCAGCAUAUAUUGUAAAUUCGGUGUAAAUGUCCGCAAACAUGGAUGAGUUUGUAAAUGCUUUUGAAAAUUUGUGUAGAGUUUAAAGAGCACAUAAAGUCACCAGACGAAAUUUCUGUACUUGUAGCGUGGUUAUUAUAUGCACUUCACGGCAAGUUCACACCAAUCUGAUUACAAUUAAAUCAGCCAUCUCACUCAAAGUCGCAAAUAUAGACCUCUCGUGAAAACGACAUAGCCAAUUAUCGAAAACACUCUAAACCCCCCCAAACGCCAGUGACGUCACAAUGACCUAAUGCAAUUCGGAAUGUUUAUUCCUUAAUUACUUAUAAUACAGCCGGGGUAUGUAUUCAUUAACGCCUGACUGAUUCCUUAAUUGUCUUAUUACAUAAAACAAAUUUGUUUUGUAAUUUAUUUUAAUUUAAGAUCCAAUUUCGAAUUUGUUUUAUCCUACCAUAACAAAGACAGUCGCGGUAGCCACAUUUCCCGUGUCCUUUUGAUCAGAAUGAAUUGGAGUAAGCCAACAGUAAAACUGUACAAUAAUUCGCUUUCUAUGAAGACAACAAGAUGGGUGUCAAAUUGUUAUCGACGGUGCUACGAACAUCUAUGCAGUCAAGAGAUAAUUAAUUGUGGGCUUACGCGAAACGAAAUGGUUUUGUGGUGGUAAUUCUGGAUGUGAUUGACAACAAUGUUUCAUUCCGAAGCAACUGCGUCGAAUCGACUUCGUCUCUGGUUGCAGCACACCAAUAGAGAUGGUUCGUUAUAUUUGGAAUACAGAGAUUGAUGCUGUCACAGUGUUUUUUUCUUUUCCAAGUGCCCUCAAUUUUGUUUUCAAACCUGCAAGAAACAUUAAUAAUUCUAAUGCUAUAAUUAACAUUUAUUUUAAAAACUACUUCGUUCCAACGACCUUCCAAGAUAUAGUCUGACAUUAUAGUCAAAUUUUAUAUGUCAAUUUUUAUAUGUCAAUGUGUAUGUUUUAUGAUGAUCCAAACUCUAUCAAGCUACAAAUAAAGCAAAUUUACCUUUA